UGCAGCUAAAUAUUGCGGCGUUAUUCUGCAAGGCGGAGGUUGAAUAUUCACGUUUGUUUUCAACUUUGACAUCGCUACUUGCAGUUAUUAUGGCUUCUCAUAAAAAUAACUGAGUGCAAACGGUUCAAGACAAAUUUCUAUUCCGUGUAUACAUCGAUUCAGCAAUAAAAUAGCAUGGCAGAAGGACGGAGCUUAGCAUCGCGCACCCUGCUUUGUUUACUUCGCUUAUUUUUCGUCACUGAUAUUGUUUUGGGGCAAAUUCAAUAUUCAAUUCCGGAGGAACUAGAGCAUGGAGCUUUCGUGGGGAAUAUUGCCGAAGAUUUAAAGUUAAGUAUUAGGAGACUGGUCACUCGCAAAUUUCGUCUCGUCACUGAUGAGACGAGUAAAUACUUCGAUGUCGACUUAGAAAAUGGGAUUUUAUUUGUUUCUGAAAUAAUAGAAAGAGAACAAAUUUGUGGGCAUAUUUCAACCUGCGUAAUUUCAUUUGAAGUUGUGAUGGAAAAUCCUUUGGAAAUAUAUAGCGUUGACGUGGAGGUGAGAGAUAUAAAUGACAAUUCACCUACAUUUGUAAAGGACAAGAUUUUCGUGGAAAUCGCAGAGUCAUUUGCCCCAGGAGCGCGCUUUCCUCUGGAGGGCGCACAAGAUUUGGAUGUAGGCAGCAAUUCUGUCAGCGCUUACCGGAUCAGUUCGAAUGAAUACUUCGGUCUCAACACACAGACCCGAAGUGACGGCAGUAUAGUUGUUGAGUUGUUAUUAGAGAGGUCUUUGGACCGAGAAAAAGAUUCGACAUUUCAUCUUGUACUGACGGCGAUGGACGGUGGCAUUCCGGAGCAAUCGGGUACAGCCGAAAUAAUAGUUACAGUUCUGGAUGCGAAUGACAACGCGCCUGUGUUCGAACACGAAAAGUAUGAAGUCAGCUUGCUCGAGAAUGUCCCGCAAGGCUUUUUGGUCAUCCAGCUCAAAGCGAAUGAUGCAGAUGAAGGGACGAAUGCUGAGGUACAAUAUUUUUUCAACACACAUACAUCUCAAAGGGUGCGUCAGCUGUUCAGGCUGAACGCUGAAAGUGGAGAAAUUGAAGUUCAAGGUGUUCUAGACUUUGAAGAGUCAAUUGUUUACGAAAUUGAAGUACAAGCUGCAGAUAAAGGCGCGUUAUCACUGGCGGGACACACUCAAGUCCGGGUCACAUUAAUUGAUGUCAAUGACAACACGCCCGAAGUUAAAGUGACCUCCGUAUCCAAUGCAAUCCCUGAAGAUGCGGCGUUAGGUACGACAAUAGCUUUAAUUAGUGUAACGGAUAGAGAUACUGGAGACAAUGGGCGAGUUGAUUGUCAAGUGCUUACGGGCAGUCCUUUUAAACUCCAAGAAUCUCUGAAGAGCCAGUAUAAGUUAAUUACAAAUGGCAUACUAGAUCGUGAAAUGGUUCCUUUGUACAAUGUGACUAUUAUUGCUUGGGACGCUGGGAUUCCACCUCUUUACACAAAUAAAACUAUUGUGGUGUUCGUAACAGAUAUAAAUGACAAUACGCCGAGGUUUACGCAGUCUUUAUAUACUGUAUACGUGAAAGAGAACAAUGCUCGGGGUAUUUCAUUCUUUACAGUUACGGCUUUGGAUCCCGAUUUUGGACAAAAUUCGCGCGUAUCCUAUUCUAUUCUGGGUAACCAAUACGAAGAUUUUUCAGUUCCAAUUUAUAUUGAUAUUAAUUCCAACGAUGGAAGCAUCUAUGCGCUACGUUCUUUUGACUAUGAACAAACAAAAAGCUUUCAAAUUCGCGUGCAAGCAACGGAUAAUGGAAUUCCUAAACUGAGUAGUAGCACUACUGUUACUGUGACUGUUCUCGAUGAAAACGACAAUGCCCCCGUAAUCAUUUCUCCUAUAACGAGAAAUGGUUCGGCGACGUUGCAAAAGGUACCUCAAUCAGCAUUUCCGGGAUAUUUAGUUACCAAGAUAAUCGCGUCUGAUGCAGAUUCUGGCCAGAAUGCACGACUUUCCUUUCAAUUACUUGGAGCUACAGACAGUAGUCUAGUCAGUUUAGGGCCUCAAUCUGGGGAAAUCAAGUUAGCUCGGCCACUUACUGAUAAAGAUCUCACUACACAACGUCUGAAUAUCCUCGUGCAGGACAACGGAGAGCCAAACCUUUCGAGCAAAGCAUCCUUAUUUUUUUCAAUAAUGAGCAGCGCUAAUGAAACAUUCGUUGAAUCGCGUGAUUUCCUUAAGAAAACCGAGUACUUUUCAGAUCUUAAUUUCUAUUUAAUAAUUACUUUGGGGACAAUUUCCUUGAUAUUUUUUGUGGCAAUUAUCAUCCUUUUUGUCGUUAAAUUGCGUCAAGGUACACACGUUCGUGACCCCUGA